AAGAAUUGAGAUUCUUCUGUGGUGCCUCACCAGUCACCAGCCCAGGUGGGCAAAUUAUUCCGCGCUGGCACGGCCGCCCUCCCCUCCAACUUUCCAGUGCGGCACCGACCUCUUUACACCUCAUUCCCACCGCCGCCGUUGCCACCCCAGCACGCUCUCGCCGUCGCCACGGCCCCUAUAUCUCGCGCCCCUCGCCUCUCCCACUCUCUCUCCACCCGCCCGCUCGCCUCCCUCCUACGCUUCGUGCCGCCGCCGCCACCUCCGCUCUCCCGUUUCAGAUUGCAGAUCAUUCAACAUAAAUGGCUGACGGAGAGGACAUUCAGCCCCUUGUCUGUGACAAUGGAACCGGAAUGGUCAAGGCUGGCUUUGCUGGAGAUGAUGCUCCACGUGCUGUUUUCCCAAGUAUAGUUGGUCGUCCACGCCACACUGGUGUCAUGGUUGGGAUGGGACAGAAGGAUGCCUAUGUUGGUGAUGAGGCCCAAUCCAAGAGGGGUAUCCUGACUUUGAAGUACCCCAUCGAGCAUGGAAUUGUAAGCAACUGGGAUGACAUGGAAAAGAUCUGGCACCACACCUUCUACAAUGAGCUCCGUGUAGCACCAGAAGAGCACCCAGUUCUUCUCACUGAGGCUCCUCUUAACCCUAAGGCCAACAGGGAAAAGAUGACACAGAUCAUGUUUGAGACCUUCAGUGUUCCAGCCAUGUAUGUUGCUAUUCAAGCCGUCCUUUCACUAUAUGCUAGUGGCCGUACCACUGGUAUCGUCCUGGAUUCUGGAGAUGGUGUCAGUCACACAGUCCCAAUCUACGAAGGUUAUGCUCUGCCGCAUGCCAUUCUACGUCUCGAUCUUGCUGGUAGGGACCUCACUGAUUCCCUCAUGAAGAUCCUGACGGAGAGGGGCUACUCUUUCACAACCACUGCUGAGCGGGAAAUUGUCCGUGACAUCAAGGAAAAGCUUGCAUAUGUCGCACUUGACUACGAGCAAGAACUCGAGACUGCCAAGAGCAGCUCCUCAGUCGAGAAGAGCUACGAGCUGCCUGAUGGGCAGGUGAUCACCAUUGGUGCAGAGCGCUUCAGGUGUCCCGAGGUCCUCUUCCAGCCGUCUUUUAUCGGCAUGGAAUCUCCUGGGAUCCACGAGACAACAUACAACUCCAUCAUGAAGUGCGACGUGGAUAUCAGGAAGGACCUGUACGGCAACAUUGUCCUCAGUGGUGGAUCCACCAUGUUCCCUGGCAUCGCUGACCGCAUGAGCAAGGAGAUCACCGCACUUGCUCCGAGCAGCAUGAAGAUCAAGGUCGUUGCUCCGCCGGAGAGGAAGUACAGUGUUUGGAUCGGAGGAUCAAUCCUUGCGUCUCUGAGCACAUUCCAGCAGAUGUGGAUCUCGAGGGAAGAGUAUGAAGAAUCUGGUCCUGCUAUUGUCCACAGGAAGUGCUUCUAGUCGUCACCUAGCCUUCUUCCCCGUUCUCGAAAGUGGAAAUAUAUUGGUUUUGAUGACUUGUCUGUGGGUGUAUCUACUCUACCAUGGCUCGCGGUUUUUUUUUUGUAUAUGAAUCUAUACAUAUCCUGUAACAAUAUGGAGUCAGUUGGGUACUGUAUUAAGUAUGUAGUUUGUUUUGAUGCAUUGAUUGAAUUAUUCGAUUCUAUGGGUACUUGGAUGCAUCAUGGGAUGUGCAUGUUUCCUGAUUUAA